AUGGACGACAGAGCUGCGGAGGUCCAUGCACCGCGGAAGAAGGUACAGGCACCGCGACCAGGUGCAAUCAAACCAGAUCCUUCCGAUGGCGGCGUGACACGUCGCGUCUUUGUGUUUGAUUUGACGCUGGACCGUUUCUUUGCUGCGUGGCAUGCUGUCAGCAUCGAUGCUCGUCACUAUGGGAGGUGUCGACGAGACGCGAACUCACGAAAAUGGUUGGGGACACAAUGCUCGACUCGGUUCUUGUGGAGCCUGGUCGCAUCUUUGCAGUGCUUUGUUGAUAAGACUCUGCCAGCAAAGUUGUUUCGGGGAAUGCGCUGCCGGCACAUAUCGACCCAGAAUGCGGGAACGUUUCUGUCAAGCAGUGAAAGAGGUAUUUGUAAGGUCGUGUUUGACAACGAGGCGGAGCCUACAUUAGUUCCGAUGGUGCAGCUCGUCCGGGUUUGUGUGGUGCCACAUCCUUUCUUGGCCGGGUUGGCGUUUCUGGCUUGGGCACUGGCUCAUGCGCAGCAGGAGGACUUGAAGAUUGACAGCAUGCGCACGGCCUUGAUGUUCAAGCAAGUCAUGGGCAAGUCUUCGGGCCAACUGACCAUGCUCGCGGUCAUGCAAGAAGAGGCGGUGAAAGGCUUGAAGUUUUGCUUUGCUGCCUGGAAGAGAACCGUGAAACGCAAGGCCCAGGCAUUGCGGAAGUUCUGGCUGAAUGGUUUGAAGGACGCUUUCAAAGCCUGGCUGGAGACCCUGUUGCUUGAGCGACACGACCGGGCCCUGGAACUGCUGACCCGGACGCAGGCCGACCUGAAGCAGCUGCAGAUCACGGCCUUGGCGAGGCAGGCGCAGGCGGAACGUCUCAAAGGAUGCGUUCUCGAACUACGGCAUGGGUGUUUCAGGCAGUUCUUCCGGCGGGUCCUGUUCUCCUGGAAGCGUGUCUGUUCACGGAUCCGUCUGAUGGCAGAGAGCCGUGUGCGGGCACGGCAGGCUCUGGCAGCUUCAGCGCUGCAGGUGGCCGAAGCCAUGGGGAAGCUUACAAUCACUUUCUUGCGACCCCACCUGCAAGCAUGGGCCAGUCGCACAAGUCAAGCACGGAAACUGAAGCAUGCGGCACAUAACACGAUCAAAGCACUGGUGAGCAGCUCUCUUUCGACGGUGUUUCGCGCCUGGAAGCAAAUGAAGUUGAGCAACUACCAGACACUGGUUGCCAAGCUACAUCAGCGCGAGCGCGAGUACUCCGAGCUCCAUGAGCUAUCCGAGUCCUUCUUUCAAUGUUCGAGAGAAGGCUCCCAGCGUCUGAAGGCCAUGGAGUCCGCUGCGCAGGCCGCGGAUCGAGUUCUACAGAUCGGUGCGGCCAGGGCGGACUCCUUGGAGGCCGAGGCGAAGACGCUGCGCCAGACGCUGCUGGAGCAGAUGCGAGAAGGCGCAGCCAGCCGCGGUGGCGGUGGCAUCGGUGGCCCUGCCCUGCAGGAGAUGGAAGAGAAGUGUCGGGAGGAGCUCUUGGGUUUGAGCCGAAGAGCUGAGACGCUGGAAGCCGAGCUGGAGGCAAGCCGUGGCAUGGAGGUCAAGCUGAGGCUCGGCGAGGCUCAAACACUUCGAGCUGGGGCUCAGUCGGCCUUGGCCGACGCUGCGGCGGAGGCUCGGGACCUGCGGGAGGCCGCUGCCAGGGCCGAGCGCCAGGAGGUCGAGCUGGCGCAGCUGCAGAGAGCAAGGAGCCUCGCGGAGCUUCAAGUCCAGCGCAGUGCGGAAGAAGCGGCUCCCGGAGUGCGGCGGCACGGGGCGCACGCGGCGCACGCGGCGCCCGCGGCGGGGGGCGCGGCCGCCUCGAGAGCCGAAGCCGCCGAAGCGGCCUCGGCUUCGGCUCGCUUGGGAGACCGCGCCACGCAGACGUCGCUGCCUCCGGGUUUGGCUUCGGCUCCUCCCCCGGCGGCGGAAGCUGCUCCGUCUGGCUCGCGGUCCUUGGAUCAUCACCGCAAGUUCGUGAAUGCCUGGAAGCCAAACGGCCGGGAUCUUCCCGACACCGCAGAUGAGAAGGCCAUGAGCUUCGACCUCGCCAGCAACAUCUUGAGAACCGGAGCUUACUUCAAGAAGAAAGCUGGGCGGCGCUCUUCCGUGACGCGCUACUUCUUCGUGGGCGAGCCGGGCAGUGCCCAAGGGUUUCUCAGAUACUUCCGAGACCACAAAGCGGCUGUGUCGGCGGCGACGCCCCGGGGCGGCUUCGAUCUGGUCGACCUGGUGAGGGCCAACUGGGAUGGCCUGCAGUGCAGCAUCACUCUGACGCAAUCGACCAAAACAGAUGCUUCGGAAAGGGGCUUGGUGGAAAUUCCACAAGCUUUCUUUCAGGCUCUUCUUUUUGCCGUUCAUGAGGCGGAGUUCCGACGCCAGCAUCCUGACUGUAGAGACGGCUGA